CAGUCCAGUUUCAGUAAUCGUAACGUUAAGUUGUAACUCGAUACGCGGAAUUCACCUUUUGGAAGAUUCGAUUUUAAGCGUGAAUCAUUCGACGGCGCGCGUUAUCAGUUUGUGUGAUAAACAAUUGGGCCAAUCUUAAGCAGCGAUGAAUAGCUGUCUAAUCAGCAUUGAAAAAUUCGUCAAAUAAAGGUUUCCCACCAUCCAAUAUCAGAACGAUGGUUCGCGCCUUAUGCACCUGUCUACGGAGCAUACUUCAGCUUAUCCGGAACAACCUCAAGCCGUUGAUCCUGUUGGCCUCGCUGGGAACAUUUCUUUGGCUUGUCGUGGACACUACGAACCGACAGGAGUUUACACGUCACGGAAACCCCGAACAGCAAAGCGGCAAUGACUUUCUUCUGCUCCGUCGGGUAGACCCCAAGAACCGUUGGAGUGAAAGUUCCGUCCAGAUCUUCCUGGACCUGUUGGACCUCGACACGAACGUGACAGCGCUCGUCCAGCGCCACCGGGAACCGUGCCCACUCACGUCGGAGCUCGUAUUCAGUGCCUUCGUAGACGAUCUGCUGGAGGAAAACCUGUGGCAGUACUACACGUUGAUUGCGUUGCGCCAGAUCGGUGCCUUUCAGGAGCCGGAAAUGGGCGGACUUCGGAUAGUGCCUUUCUUGCCGCGAUCGACCAAGCGGAAACUGGAGCGAUUGUUCGAUGAGGUCCCAAUGGAGACGAUCGGCGACCUUUCGUUCGACUGUUAUGACAUCGGAGGAUCCAUCGUCGUAAACAGCACCACUCAAAUCACACGACCUCAACGCCGUGACCAGCUGUUUAUCUUGGACAACGGAGCCCGACGGUAUUUGGACCUAACGGCCGCCGACUGGGGCAUGGAGAACCGGAUGCUAUCAUUGACAAAAGCAGAUUCCGCGCGGAAGCGGUUGGCCAAACUUCACGGUCUUUCACCUCCGGCAAAGUCCGACGCGGAGUUUGUCGGAAUCUACGUCCGGCGGGACGAUCUGCUACCGUUCGAUUAUUACUACCGGGCAAUCGCCCUGCAACGGAAUCUGCACGGCGGAAGACUCAUCUUUGUGGUCGUUUGUGAGGAGCCUCAGGGGAAAAUUUGCCAAAAGUUACACGCCCCCGCCGAGCAGGUUUUCGUCCAGGGCUCCAAACUGGACGAUCCCGGUCACGAUUUUGCCCUAAUGUCCCUGUGCAACCACACGAUCGUCUCAAACCAGAUGGGAAUCUUCCACGCCCUCAACGCCGGUGGGGAAGUCGUAGUUUAUGAGUUCGAGGAACCGGACGCUCGGGACCGGUACCUGCCGUGGCUGAUGGCCAACGAAAUGGACACGUGGUACAUGCUCCGGUGAGGGGAGUUUUCGGGAGAAAGAGUUUAGAAAGUGGUUCCGGACUUACCGUAAAA